AGUUUCCAAAAGAAAAUAUGAUAAACGCAAUCAGAUUCGGCCGUACUCCACCGCCUAUUGUCCUCACAUCACCUCUUCCGCCGCAGCUUCGCCGUAGUAUAUGCUCGCUUGAGCUUCGAUCCCGUCAAGCGACUGGUUUUGCCACCGCACCUGAUCAGAAUCCAAAGGACGAAGAAAUGGAUGAGUCUCAGAACAAAACCAAGGAGACUGGAGAUAUAAUGUGUGAUUCAUUCGGGGAAGGGUAUGCGACCCGAAGUGAGGAAGAAGGAUUUGGAGGAACUUAUGGAGGGUAUCUUCUCGACGACGACGAUGAAGAACACAGGAAUAAAAAAUCAGUCAAUGAACAUGAAUAUGAUAGAAGCCAAGGGAGCGAAGUGAAGGAGAAGGAGAAGUCACGCCAUCAAGCUCAUGCAAAUUGAACUGCUCUACUAUAUGUUGUUUGUUGGGUUGGUAGCUCACAAUGUCAAAGUGUGUUUGGUUUUUUUUCAUCUUUUUGUUGAAUAUGUCGUUUUGCGAGAAUUUAGGUUCGUGUGAUUUGUCUCUGUUUUCUUCAUUUAGUAACGAAAGAAGGUUUCACUUUUA